GCUUCCGGUCACUCUUUGGAUAAGAAAAGGACAAAGAAAACAAAUUUUAGUAAGGAGGAGGAACUUCUAAUUCAAAGGGAGGUGGAAAAACAUUAUGGGUUACUAAGCUCAAAACAAUCAAAUUUUGUAACAAAUGAAAAAAAGAAGAGAGUGUGGGAUAAUAUUGCAUCCAAAGUUAGUUCAUUGGGGGUAGCCUUAAGAACAACAAAAGAAGUUAAAGACAAGUGGAACAAUUGUAAGAAGAUUGCUAAAAAA